AUGGGUUUGACUUUUAUUGGAGAAGUAUCUGAAGGAAAAGAAGAUUUUGCUGGGAGUGGAAUGAUGAAUAAUGCAGAAGCGAAGAUGCUUCUAUCAAAAUUUGGAGUUUGUGGAUCAUCACAACACGGAGAAUUUGUAACGAUUUACCAUUCAUUUCUCAUUCACAACAUCAUCAUGCUUCACUGCCUUUACAUACUUAUUUCAAUUCAUCUCGAUGCUUUUUAUCAUAAAUCUGUAACGUAA